CUUGGAGGCGGGGGUGCGCGCGGCUAGCUCUUUCCUGCAUCUUGGUCGUCUUCUCGUUGUCCUGCAGCUCAGCCUUUCUAAUUCCCACUCUUCACUGCCACGCAGACACUCUUUCCGGCCCGCAGUUUUACCGUAAUUGAAGAAAAAUGAUGGAAGAGAGUGGAAUAGAGACAACACCACCUGGGACUCCUCCACCAAGUUCAGCGGGACUGGCUGUAGCUGCCGCAGCGGCACAGCCGUCUUCCCCCCCAGCCCCUUUAGCUGCAGCCAGCGCUUUCUCUUCUCCAAGCGUGUCCUCUGUGCAGCCCCUGCCGCCACACACGUACUCCACCCCUCAGCAGUCCCUGCCUCCUGUGAGGCCUUCGCCACCCUUGCCCUUUGUGCCUCCUUCGCCAGUUCCUUCUGGUCCUCCACUCAUUACCUCUUCACCACCUCAUGUUUCUCCACCAACUGCUGCUGCCUUCAGUAACCCUCCUUUAUCCCACUUCCCACCUUCCACUUCUGCCCCAAACACUCUCUUAUCUGCCCCCGCUUCGGGUCCUCCCACAUCAGGAUUCUCUGUCGGCGCAGCCUAUGACAUUACACGAGGACAUGCAGGAAGAGCUCCCCAGACACCCCUGAUGCCGUCUUUUUCUGCACCUCCGGUGACAGGUAUUUUGCCAACUCCCAUUACUCAGCAAGCUGGUUUGACAUCUCUGGCACAGGGAACUGGAACCACAUCAGCCAUCACUUUUCCAGAGGAGCAAGAAGAUCCUAGAAUUGGCAGAGGGCAGGAUGAAGCAUCUGCUGGUGGACUCUGGGGUUUUAUUAAGGGUGUGGCUGGGAACCCUAUGGUGAAAUCUGUGCUUGAUAAAACAAAACAUUCAGUAGAAAGCAUGAUUACAACGCUGGACCCUGGCAUGGCUCCAUAUAUCAAAUCUGGAGGUGAACUGGACAUUGUAGUGACCUCAAAUAAAGAAGUAAAAGUUGCCGCUGUCCGAGAUGCCUUCCAGGAGGUCUUUGGCUUAGCUGUGGUGAUAGGGGAAGCUGGGCAGUCCAGCAUUGCCCCACAACCAGUGGGCUAUGCAGCUGGAUUAAAAGGUGCCCAGGAACGGAUAGAUAGCUUGCGUCGAACUGGAGUGAUCCAUGAAAAACAGACUGCUGUGUCAGUAGAAAACUUCAUUGCAGAAUUGCUUCCUGACAAAUGGUUUGACAUUGGCUGUCUGAUAGUUGAAGACCCUGUGCAUGGUAUUCAUCUAGAAGCAUUUACACAAGCCACACCAGUACCCUUGGAAUUUGUACAACAGGCUCAAAGUCUGACUCCCCAGGACUACAGUCUGAGGUGGUCGGGCCUUUUGGUGACAGUGGGAGAAGUCCUGGAGAAGAACUUACUCAAUGUCAGCCGGACUGAUUGGCAUGUGACUUUCACUGGCAUGUCUCGUCGGCAGAUGAUCUACAGUGCAGCCAAAGCGGUAGCAGGCAUGUAUAAACAGCGCCUGUCCCCCAGGACCAUGUGAGAAGGCUGGCCUGGGAUACUGACACUUGCUAACUUUAAGCUGCUGGUGGAGAAGAGCCAGUCCCUUCCUAAACUGGACAACUUCAGUCAGUCCAGCUGUUUUGAUCAUUUUCCUGUAGGCUGCAGUUUUUCUUUCUUAGAAAGGCAUGGUGUCAUUCCAGUAGAUGAAAAGAAACAGAUCCUUUUUCUGAUUAUAUAAUUGCACAUACCAUAGUUCUCAAAAAAUAUAUAAAUAUUUUUAUAGGAAAGUUUGAUACACCAAAUUUAUAAGGUGCAAAUUCAUGUGCUAAGAUAUUUAACUUAAUGAUAUGUACUUGAUUAUUUUGUUUUUUAAGAAAUAGUUGACUAAAGAACAUGUUUACCGAACACUGUUUCAAAGCAUUGUUUCUUUUAAUUCAUGAUUAACCUCUUCCCUGUCCGUCUUGGAAGCUUUUCGUGUGUCCAUGUGAUCGCAGGUCUGAUACUAAGCCACGUGCUCGACAAGAGACUCUAAGACACCUACUUGUAGGGAGAUGGUGCACUUGUCUAUGCAUAUUUUUAACAUAGGCCAGAAUAACAGAAUCGAUCAUUUUCUUUUUGGUUAUCAUGUUAUACACUUUUAGCCUGAAAAAAAAAUUUUUUUUAAUGUUUCAGCAUUUCACAUUCAUACUGUACGAUGAACACUGGGAUAAUGCAUUUUAUUUUUUUCAGUGCUGUAUGACAACUAAGUGGCAAAUG